UCUCCCCGCCGCACACACGAGGUCCAUUUCAAGACCCUUGAAAGAUGAUCAACGACGAGGGCCAGGUCGUCGACCUCUACAUCCCGCGCAAGUGCGCGUGGACCAACAAGCUCAUCACCGCCAAGGACCACGCCAGCGUGCAGAUUAACAUCGGCCACCUGGACGCCAACGGCGUGUACAGCAACCAGUACACCACCUUCGCCAUUGCCGGCAACGUGCGCGCCAUGGGUGAGGGCGACUCCGCUCUGGACAUCAUGUGGCGGAAGAAGCAGGUGGAGGCUGAGGCCCACUAAGUGCUGAAGCAUCCGCAGCGUGUAACCGGUGGUGUGU